AUGGCCUCGGAAGACGACCAAGGGGCCUCCCCGCAAGAACUCCUCAUCGAAGCCUGCCGCCGCAACAACCCCGACCUGCUGGCCGAGGUGCUCGCCGACAAGCCCGAGGCCGAAAUCACGCGCCUGCUCAACGACACCACCACCGUCAUGGGCAACCACCUCUACCACGAGGCCGCCUCCCAGGGCCACUACGAGGUCAUCGACGCGCUCCUCGACCAGCCCGGCUUCGAGUGCGACCCCAUCAACCGCCUCGAGGGCGACACCCCCCUCCACGCCGCGGUGCGCUGGAUCAGCGAAGAACCCAGCGACCAGUGGGGUUACGGCUUCCAACUCGUAAUGAUGAUGCUCGAGGCCGGCUCGGACCCCCGCGUCCGCAACAAGGCCGGCCUGACGGCCCUGCAGCUCGUCAACCCGGAGGACUACCCCCUGAGGGGGCUGAUUGAGACUCAUGUGUAUGCGGCCCAGAACCAGGGCGACUUUGUCUCCGUGGACGCGGGGGGCGCCGCCGCCGCCGCCGCCGACGGUGAUGGUGAUGCUGGCGACGUGGACGACGACGACGAGUUUAGCGGGAGCGACGAAGAGGAUCGCGCGGAGUGGGAGCAGAGGAAAAGGGGGGGAAAGCCAGGCCGUGAAACGAGUGAACGAACAAGUGACUGA